AUGGAGGCUGAAGCAUCAGAUGCUCCCUUUGACCCUACCAAUGUGGAUCUAACCACAGCAGAUCCUGUUCAAAUCAUUUGUUUCUUGAGUGCUGAAGGGAAUGAAUAUGAUGGCCGAUUGGGUAUACGCAUCGCCGCUCUUUUUGUAAUCCUAAUUGUCUCGACUGUUUGCACAGUCUUCCCUGUUGCCGCUCGUCGUGCUCCAGGACUGAAUGUCCCAUCAUACAUCUACCUUUUCGCCAGAUACUUCGGCGCCGGCGUCAUCGUCGCCACAGCAUUUAUCCAUCUCCUCGCACCAGCAUACGAAGCUAUCGGACCGGCAUCAUGUGUCGGCAUGACAGGCGGUUGGGCGGAAUACGCCUGGCCACCAGCUAUUGCGUUGGUUAGUAUAAUGCUAAUCUUCUUGGUCGACGUUAUCGCGGAACGAUACGCAGAAGCGAAGUUUGGAGCGACGCACGGACACGAUGGUGGACUUGAGAAUGGAAGGACCGAGGCGGAAGUUGCUGGGGAGGCAACUAGUAGUAAAGUUACGAGCAUGGCGGGGUUUUCGCAAGAGCCAAAGGAAGCCUCGAAUGAGAAUGUCAAGUCGGAUGCUUCUGGAGAGUAUGUUGGUGAUGUGGAGAGUGUUUAUAACCGACGGGAUUUUUAUUCGCAGUUUUCUGCGUUUUUGAUCUUGGAGUUUGGGGUUAUCUUCCACUCUGUGAUCAUUGGAUUGGCUUUGGGGGUUGCUGGCGAAGAGUUUAAUACUUUGUUCCCUGUUCUCGUCUUCCACCAAGGCUUCGAAGGUCUCGGGAUCGGCGCCCGUAUGUCUGCUAUCCCAUUCAAAACUGGCAGCCGGCUUCCCUGGAUCCUGUGUCUUGCAUACGGUCUUUCCACCCCAAUUGCCAUCGCCAUUGGUUUGGGUCUAAGAGGAUCCUACAAUCCUGGAUCAUUCACCGCCAACGUCGUCAGUGGCAUUUUAGAUUCGCUGUCUGCGGGUAUCUUGAUCUAUACAGGAUUGGUUGAACUACUGGCUAGGGACUUCUUGUUCGAUCCGAAGAGAACCAGAGAUGGCAGGAAAUUGGCAUUUAUGCUGACUUGCACUCUUUUGGGAGCCGGGUUAAUGGCUUUGUUGGGGAAAUGGGCUUAA